AAUACUAAACACACAAGAGGGCUGUAAACAAAAUCUCCUGUUAACUUCGUGCAAAGCUUGUUACAUUCAUGUAGGAGCAGUUAUGUGCGAUGUGUUCAUAAUAACAGGGUGCACGUGUAUCCUCAAACAGCUAAUUGUCUCAUUCCUUGUCUUGCUGCCUCACAUGCCGGUCAUGAGUCCCAGCGUCGUCCCAUUGGGAUCCAGCUGUUCUUCGGACUGUCCGUUUUUUUCCUGGAACUGACAAUGUCACAGUCCAUUACUGCGGGAACAUUCAUUAAAAAGGGCUUGUUCAUUGAUUCAGAACACUUUAGAUGAAGUCAAAUAUCAGAGCUUCAAGGGCAGAGGAAGGGCUUCGAGAUCUCAGAGGAACUCAAAAACAGAUACAUGGUUUUCAUGAGGAAUGAGGCAAGUCUGGGUUAUUUGUAUAUAAACCGAAGGCGCCGACAAGAGCUGAAAUCGAAAGAGAAGAGGAAGUUGCAAAGGACUUUUCUGAGAUAGCAGGGCGGCAACACUGGACCGUUUGGAAGAAAUAAAUCUCGGUGAACAUGCAGCCCACUAUGGAGGAGUUCGAUUCAGAGGAUUCUGGGGUUCAAGAUGUAGGACCUCAGAUCAACGGGCUGGCGGUCCAGAUCCUGGAAACAAUGUCGGUGCUGCUGGUGCGGGUCAGACAGAAGCUUCUGGAAAUAGCUAUUCUGAUCUGUGUGAUUCUGUUGGUGUUCUGGGUGGCUUUAUUCCUCUAUGGCAGUUUUUAUUAUUCCUUCAUGCCCACAGCCAGUUUCAUCACACCUGUCUACUUCUUCUACAGCAGGACUGAUUGUGCGUCUCCUCAUCAUUCUAUGUGUUCUUUCCCUGUGGCGAAUGUCUCUUUACUGAAAAAUGGACAACAUCAGGUAAUGACAUACGCCCAGCCCUAUCAGAUCACGCUACAGCUGGAAAUGCCCGAGUCUCCAACCAAUCAGGAGCUGGGAAUGUUCCUAGUGAAAAUGACUACCUAUUCUAAAGCUGGUCAGAUUGUUGACAUAUCGGCACGUUCUGCAAUGCUCCAUUAUCGCUCCUCUCUUCUUCAAGCUAUGGGCACAUUGGUCUUCUCCCCCAUACUGUUAACAGGAGCGUCUGAGCAGAAGCAGUCAGUCAUGGUGGAGCUGUACUCUGAAUUCAAAGAUGAUUCUUACAAACCCUCUGUUAGAGCCAUCAUUGAGAUCCAUUCCCAGCAUAUUCAGAUCUACAGAGCUCACCUCUACAUUUUUGCUCACUUUACUGGCAUCAGGUACCUGCUGUAUCACUUCCCCCUAAUAUCAGCGCUGAUCGGGGUGAUGAGUAACUUUACUUUCCUCAGUUUGAUCAUCAUUCUCAGCUUCCUGCAGUUUAAUCUGGGCAUCCGCAGGACUCGUGAAAAGGCUGUCAUGCAACAGAUGGAAAAUAAUGAACCAGACGACCCGAAUGAUCAGUCUGAAUCGCAGGAUGAAGGAAAGCCACCAGAAAGUUUUGAAGCCAUAGAGUGCAGUUCAGUGGAGGUGGAAGAAUCCAUUCCAGAUGUGGAGGCAGAGGAGAGUGAGGAUGACUCCAGAGAACUCCCUGAAGAUGAAUACACCCGUGAAUCUGGGCUUGGAGAAAUGAUUUUGAGGCACAGGCGUUUGUCAGAGGAGACGUUUCAGUCAUCUCAAGAGUUAACAGAUACCACAGAUAAAACUUACUACCGUGUUGGUGUUUGUUCAAGCUGCUAGAGAGUGAAUGAAGCCAUCUGCUAAAUGAGGGUAAAGGUUAUGGAAAGCAAAAGCCACACAUUGGACUUCACAGAUUUGGUAACAAUGUCCUUGUUUUAAAAAUGUGGACUUCAUGCUAGUCCCACUCACUUAUAUCAUUAUUGUAAAAAAUAAAAAAUAAAAAAAAAUCAAGACAACCACAAA